AACGGUCUUUUCGUGGACUACCUGAACUCAUUGGAAUAGCCACUUAAAAGGACUGCAACUUUGGUGUGUGGUCGCAACCCGCGACUUGCUCGACAUGUAACUGACGUGACCAUUUUCGAAUUUCUCGUUUUCAAGAAAUCCUUGCCUCGUUAUCUUUUUAGAAUCUAGGUGUGGCGUCUCGACUCUCGAACUCGAUCUUUCGCUAGAGGCCAGAGGGUUUUUAUCUCAUCAUUCGCUACUGGUGGAAGCGAACGUCUCUCAUCAUAAUCGAUUAAUCGAACUUGAAGCUCUUUUGGUUGAUCCUUUAGGUUUUGCUGUGGUAGUGGAUGAAUUGAGAUUUGAUCGGUUUUAUAUUUGAAGGUCUAAAUACCACUCACCUUUCUUGUGUAUAAUCUCAGGGGAGAGAGUGUCUUUGCUCAUUUGGAGAUAUCUUGUGAAAACUUAUGCAGUUGAAAAGUCUCGUGAGUUAUUCCUAUAUUCAUAUUGUCCAAGGGGAUUGCAGCUGGCUGUUUGUUGAAGCAAAGACAAUCUGUGAUUGAAUAAUAUGUAACAAAUGAUUACAUAUGAGCAAGAGCCUGAUUUUGUUCGCUGGGGUCUCCAUUUUCCUGAUGGUGAUCCUUUUUCGUAUCCUGGAUAUUGUGGAACUCUUGCCCAACAUGAUACCAGCUACUAUGAUGAACAUUAUGUUAGAGAAGAUCAUUGUGAUGCAGAACGUAGCAAUGUAGAGAAUGAUGAGAUUAUUGCACAUGCUCUUCAGGAAGAAUUAUCAGAACUUGCAGUAGCUGAAGCAUCUGGAUCUUCCAAUGCUGGGGAAGAGCAUUUGCAAGCAUCCAUUCUUGCACAAGAUUGGCUUGGCCCAUCUACGAGACAUUAUUGUUCUGGUCAUGAGAGUGGACAGGAAGAGAAUGAUGAGAUAAAACCAUCUAGUUCAUGUUCUAGCCCUGAACAAAAGUCAUAUAAUGGGGAUGAUUGGUCUUACUCACUUGAACUAACAGAUGAAUCUGUGCUUGAUGGAGAAGUGGGAAAGAGGUUGAAUCAGAUGGUUCCAGUUCCUCAUGUUCCUAGAAUUAAUGGAGAAAUCCCAUCUAUUGACGAAGCAACUUCGGAUCAUCAAAGACUGCUAGACAGAUUGCAAUUAUAUGAACUGGUUGAGCUUAAGGUUCAUGGAGAUGGUAACUGUCAGUUUCGUGCCUUAUCAGAUCAGUUUUAUCGUACCCCGGAGCACCACGAGUUUGUGAGACAACAAAUUGUUAAUCAGCUUAAGUCCCAUCCAGAGAUUUAUGAGGGAUAUGUUCCUAUGGCAUAUAACGACUACUUGAAAAAAAUUUCUAAGACUGGUGAAUGGGGCGAUCAUGUCACGUUACAGGCUGCUGCUGAUUCAUACGGUGUUAAAAUAUUUGUCAUAACGUCCUUCAAGGAUACCUGUUACAUUGAGAUUCUUCCCAACGUUCAGAAGUCAAAACGAGUUAUUUUCUUGAGCUUUUGGGCAGAGGUUCAUUACAACUCAAUUUAUCCAGAAGAAGAUCUGCCUGCAUUGGAGACUAAAAAGAAGAAAAGGUGGUGGGUCUUUGGAAAUAAGCAUUAGAGAUGCAUAAAUGAAUGUUAAUGGUGAAUGUUGGUUGUGGGUUACAUAUGAUUUCUCCUCGUCCUGCUCGGUGCUGCUUUUGUGUGAAUUUGUUUCACCUUUAGAAGAAGCUUCUAUUGAGUAGACAUUUGCUGCUUGGGGUUUCUCUCAGGGUGAAUUUUCUGGAGCAGAUGUCCUCCCAUUGUUUGGUAAUGUGAUGGAUGUGAUAAGGGCCUGCAUCUUUCUUAUUUUCCCUGCCAGUAUUGUUGCACAUCAGCUCUUUGGCCUUGUACAUGCCUUUUCCUUGUUGCAGUACUAAAUUAUUUCUUUAUAUAUUUUUUAUAUGUAAAACAUCUGUUAUGCUAGCUACCCAUUUAGUGUUCAA